AGCCGCGCUGGCGUGGGAGGGCGGCUACUUUCUGCUGACGAACGUGUUCGACCAGAAGCAGACGAGCGGCGCGUCAUUGACGGAGGCUGACGUGGCGCGCAUGCUGGCGCUGCAGGAAGAGUUCACCGCCAUGCGCUCCCACCGCUACCCCUGCCACACCGGGCUGCUGGGCAGGGUGGCGAUGACAGGGGGGUACCGGCUGCUGUGUGAGCCGGUCAAGUCACGCGCCAUCAGAGGCAUGGGGCGCCUGCACCUGGACGGCAGUAAGGACGAGGAGCAGCCCGAGGAGUGGGACAGGCAGUUCGCUGCAGGGGUCAAGGUCAUAGCGUUGAUCGGUGUGCCACAGGGCGUGCUUCAGAUUGCCGCCUGCACGCCGGUCUCGGGGGGGAGAGGGAAGGAUGAAUGCGGAGGUGGUGAUGAUGAGGCUGCUGAGGAGGGCACAGGGGAGUGGCGGCCGGGGGAGAAUGUGGGGGAUAGUAAUGAUGGAGGAGGGGGGGUGUGGGGUAUGGAGAGAGGGAGAGGUGCGUGUGAAGGGGCGGCAGGGCAGGAGGUGUAUGAGCUGUCGUCGGGGCCAGGGGGGACGGAUAUGUCGGUGUGUGGAGGGGAAGGGGACGCCGGGGAAGGAGGUGCUGCCAGUGGUGCCACUGGUGGUGGUGGUUCUACCAGCUGUGGUGCCAUUGGUUAUGGACAGCUGCUGCCGCCCGGACUCACCCUCAUCGCCACGUCCCCACCUCAUGCUGCCGGCCCAGGCUCCCCGUCCGUAGCAGCACCCAACGCACACACCCCUCCAUUCAGUGGUGGUAACCACGUUAGUAACACCAACCAUAUAAGCAACGGUCAGCAGCAGCAUCAGCACACGGGCGUGCACGCGACGGUGUCAGCAGACAAGCCUCCCUCCCACCGCAGGUCACGCUCGCUCGCCCAGCAGCGCCGCCACACCUUCUCCAGCGCCGACCGUGCUGCCCUCGCCCGCCAGCUCUCCCCUUCCCGUGCCCUCCUGGGGGGGGGCUUCCGCCUGGGGGGGGCGCCCGGGGGCGGAGCAGGCGGAGGGGGGGAUGGGGGAGUGGGCGGGGCAGGAGUGGGAGGCGGAAUGGGGGCAGGAGGUGGAGCGGGAGGGGGUGUGGGUGCAUCUGGGUACAACCAUCCGUCGGCUGCUCUAAGCAGGAUGGUAUCAAGCCCUCUGUUUAAACGCAGCCUCAGCUGCACGAGUCCCAUCCAGGGCAUGACCCGAGCAGCAGCCGCCCAUGCUGCUGCCCACAUGCGGCGCCACUCCUUCUCCACCUCGCCCUCCUCCUCCCCCUCCUCUUCCGCCAACACCACCUCUGCUGCCAGGGCGAUGCAUAGAGUGGCGUCCCCCACUGCUAGCUCAGGGGGGGGCGGCAUGGGGGGAGGGAUGGGCGGGGGGAGGCAUGGGGGUUUCACGAGCCGGCAUGUGUCGAGUCUUUCCAACCCCGAGUUUCUGUCUGAGUUUCUGAAUCUGUGCCCGUUUGGUGGGUCCCCCAGGGGUGUGGGCGUGGGGCGGGGCAGGGAGAUGGCAGGAGGGGGAAUGGGAGGGGUAAUGGGAGGGGGUAUGGGAGGGGGGAUAGGGGGAACAAGGUUGGCAGGAGCAGGGAUGGAAGGAGGGGGGGCAUGUGCAGGGACAGGGGGAAUGGCAACAGGGGAAGCAGCAAUGGUGCAUGAAGCGGUGUCAAACCAGGGAGGGGUGGAAGGAGAGAUGGGAGGAGAGGGACGAGGAGAUGGGUGGGGAAGUGGAGGGGCCGCAGCAGAAGGGGGUGUAGGACUGGGAGGGGAGGGGGGGAUGGAUGAGAUGGAAUGGCUACUUCAGGAGAUGAUAAUGAUGCAUGGUAGUGCUGGUGGUGCUGCCGCCACCCCUGACGGCAAUCCUGGCAUAGAUGCUGGUACCGCUGAUGGCACUGGUAUCGCAGCUAAUGCGUAUGCUGCUGCUCUUGACGCGUGCGGCUUGGCUGAUGGGGACGCUUGCUUGGAUGUAGACAUGGGGAUGGGGAUGAGUGAGGGCAUGGAGAUGGGCAUGGGGUUGGGAGGAAGAGGGGAUGGGGAGGAGCAGAGUGGUGUAUUGAUGGGUGGAGAGAGGUGGGGAGGUAUGGAUGCCAUGGAUGGUGCGGGCGGCAUUGAUGGGAUUGGUGGGAUGGGGGGGAUGGGUACGGGUGAAGAAAUGGGUGUUGGUGCAGACGGGAUGCGGGAACGAGGGUUGGGUGGGGCCACUGCUGGUUCUGGUGGUGGUGGUGGUGGUGCUGCUGCUGCUGCUGCCGGUGGUGGUGUUGAGAGCAAUGCGUUGAGGGUGGCAGAGAACGCCACUCUCCAGAUGCUGCUGCACCGCUGCAACGGAGACCCUUCUGCCGCUGCACUGCUGCUCGAGAACCUGCUGCUGCAGAAACAGCAGCAGGGGCAGCAGCAGCAGCAGCAACAGCAGAGGGGAGGCAUGAGUGGCAGCUCACGGCAAGGCAUAGUCAAAUCGAUCUCGCACUCCCAGCCCUCCCGCACACUCCACUCCCUGCACACUUCUGCCUCCCCUCCUACCGCGUCCCCUUCCUCUGCCUCCCCCCCACAUGCAAUCCCCCAUACUCCCCCACAUGCAUCCGCACAUGCACCCCCGCUUCCCCCCACCCAUGGGUCCGGGCAUCCCCUGCCCCCCUCGCACUCCCGCGCCCUCCCAGCAGUUCCCCUCCCCCGCCCUGCCUCCCGCUUCUUUCCCAAAUCCGCCUCUCUGCCUGGAAAUCUCCCCCGCCCCCCCCCACCUGCUGCUGCUGCUGGUAGCGGCGGUGGUGGUGGUGGUGGGGUUGUGGGGGAACGGAUUUCUGCCAGUCCACUAGGUGCAGGUAUUGCCACAGCGGCAGCAGCAGGAGGAGGAGGAGGAGCGGCUGCAGCAGCAGCAUUAGGAGAACUAGAAGCGGAACUAACUGCAACAGCAGCAGCAGCAGCAGCAGCAGAAGCAGCAGGAACAGUAGGAACAGAAGCAGGGCCUGUGUUUUCCCCUGGUUUAUUAGGCGCAGGAGACUUUUCAGGUGUACAGAGCGGUUUAGAUGUGCUUAUAGAGGGCGGAGGGGGCAGUGACUUCCAAAUGGCUGCUCCUGGUGACGUGGAAGGGUUGAUGGGGGCGGGGAUUGGAAUGGGAGGAGAGGAGGAGCUAGGAGAGGAGUGGGCAAUGUUCUUAGAUGUGAUGGAUGCACCGCCGAUACUGGAUGAUUUUGAUGAGGUGAGUAGGAGGGGUGGGGAGGGUGGGAGGGGUGGGGAGGAGUUAGGAGAGGAGUGGGCCAUGUUUUUAGAUGUGAUGGAUGCACCGCCAAUACUGGAUGAUCUGAAUGAGGUGAGUAGGAGGGGUGGGGAGAGGGGUGAGGAGGAGUGA